UUCUGCGGCCUUCGUUUUUGAGCAUGCGCACUUCUCGCCUAUAGCCCUGCCACUAAAUUAUCCGGAAGUAGAGGGGCCGAUCUGAGAGAAGCUUCUGUUGGCCCCUCCUCUCCUGGGCUGCUGCAGUGAAAUUGGGCGCGUUUGCGCAGUGACGUUCCUUUUUAUUUGUUGGAAGUACUCGUAUCCACCCAGCAACAUGGCAGAUGAUAUAGAUUUCACCAGUGGAGAUGCCGGGGCUUCCUCCACUUUCCCCAUGCAGUGCUCGGCUCUGCGCAAGAACGGCUUUGUGGUUCUGAAAGGACGUCCCUGUAAGAUUGUUGAAAUGUCAACAUCCAAGACUGGCAAACAUGGGCAUGCCAAGGUUCACCUGGUUGGUAUUGAUAUAUUUUCCGGUAAGAAGUAUGAAGAUAUUUGUCCUUCUACCCACAACAUGGAUGUUCCAAAUAUUAAAAGAUGUGAUUACCAACUGAUUGGUAUUAUUGAUAAUUACCUGUCCCUUCUGAGUGACAAUGGUGAUGUCCGUGAAGAUCUGAAGAUACCAGAUGGUGAUUUGGGAAAGGAAAUAAUAGCUAAACAUGAAGCAGGAGAGGAGAUUUUGGUCACAGUCUUGACUGCAAUGAGUGAGGAAUGUGCUGUAGCCCUCAAGGCCAUGACUAAAUAAACAGGGAUCCCCCAGGCUGGAGCAGACUGCUCAGGUCAAGAUAAAACCACAGAUCUUCAAUUUGGUUCUGAUUGUCACCAAAGCUAUGGCCUUCACAAAGGACCUCAUUUCCUUUUGACUUGUUUUUGCAAUUACUGCUGGUUUCUAAAUUUGUUUGUGCAAGUCAACUGGCAGUCUUCAAAGUCACUGCAGUUUAAAAUUCUGUUAAUGAUUUGGUUGUUACCUUUUCAUAUUUCUAUUGGUGCUUAUUGUGAGGGUCCAACUAAACAUAUAAAGUACUUAAAGGGCGUCUGCUUAAUCACAAUGCAUACAAAUUUAAUCAGGCCUUUGGUUUAAUUUGUAAAUUGCACCUAGAAUAAAAAGGUAGCUCAACUGGGCUGUGUCCUAUUAAACAACAACAACAAUUUUGGUAUAACUUUUACUAAUAGUGUAGAGUAAAUAAGAACUUAAGGAGCAAGUUUAAAUCUUAUGCAUGUUUGGCUAUGGUUUAAAUCUCUGUUUGGAAGAUCUUGGGACUGCUGAGUUCUUGGUUUGUUUUUUUGAGAUGCCAGUUGAUUUGCCUCUUUCCUAGCCCUCCAUAUUAAUAGAAAAAGAACUGGUGGCCAUGUGCAACUAAAUUGUAUUACCUCUGUACUCUCCUAAGCCAGUGUAUUGGCUUGCAUAUUGUAAACUUCUAAAAUGGUGUCAAAGCCUGCCUACAGUCUAGUCAGGCAAUCUGUAUGUUGGGUGAUACUACACAGCAGGCAUUUGUGGCACAAAUGAGUGUGCUACAGAUAUUCACUCGAGGCCUUUGUGAUCAGACUGAAAAAAAAUAAUAAAAAUAGAAAAAUGCAGUUCAGUUGCUUCUUUUCUUUUAUUGUAUUUAUCUUGAAAUAUUAAGACGGAGUAAAGAUUUUCCGAGGAAUUUGUUCUAAAUGCUUCCAGCGCUUUUCUUUUUCUGCAGCAAAAUGAUUUUAAUGACACUAAAUCACACUUAAUUUUGCUAAAACUUUAUUAGACAUUUUGGAAAACUGAACACUUGCAUUUAAUAUCUUAAAUAUGGACUUCUUAUUUUGCUGCAAAAUCUCUCCUCAUUGCUUGAGCUGAUAUCAAGAUUGGUUUCAAGGGAAGGGUUGUAAAGUUUCAUAACUAACCUGUUCUGUAAAUUCAGUGCAGUGUAAGAUGUUCUGAAAGUAGUUGUCCUACCAAUCCUUAUUGUAAAGGAACCAGAUAACUGCUUUUUUGUUUCAAUUAAAGAUGCUGGUUGUUAAAUCCCUUUCUUAGUAUAUAUCACUUCCACUGAAUGUUAAUCAUUUAAGUGGUUUCUGACUAUGCUAAGAAGUGGAAAUACAUUUGAUUAUCAAAAUGUAAAGCUUGCCCCCGUGAGUUAGAAUUGCAGGGGAAGCCCUUGCCAUGUUGAAACACAUCACACACUUUAACUUUAGAUUUCUCGAGCAUUCCUUGCUUGUUCUUGCACCUUUUGAAGGAACUCCUACAGUCUUUAUCUUAAAUAUAAAGAUUUGCAUGUGCUAUUAGUUCUUCCCAAAAUUGAUCCUUAAAAAUUAAUUUUUAUUUCUACUGACCAAUAGCAAACCAUUGGAGGAGCUUGGCUCUGUCUGGGUGCUUCUCUAAAGCAGCUGUUUGGUUCAUAAAAGUAUCAAGCAAUAAGGAGAAUUAGAAUUAUGUCAAUGUUUGUCAAACAAUACGCCCCACAUCACCUGCUUUUAAUGUGUGUAAAGUAAAUGUUCAUGAGAAACCACUGCCCUACUUAUCAACAGAUGGUGAAAUAGAGGUUCAGAUGUACUUGAUGGCUUCCAUUUGAGGCAUUUUACCUAAGAAUGCCAAAAUUGCCCAAGGGGUUGUGUAUUGGCUUUUUUUAUACAUUGGAAGGGGAAGCAUGAUGUAUUAUCCUGAUGUGUUCCCUCAGCACUUAUUUCAUUUUUUGUUUGUUUGUUCUCGGCAUGCUAUUAACAUUGCAAAUAAUACCUAAUGUAAAAGAAAACUACAGUGAUUAGGGUCCGUGUAUCAUUUUGAAACCUGAAACCCACUAGCACUACAAAAUGUAACUAGCUAGGAAAUGUUAAUACUUAACUAAACACUUUAAAAAGCUUCAAGGGAUUUAAUUGGUCAUGGAAACCUAUCUUGUUAGGUUUGUGUAUUGUAUUCUGCCAUCUCAAGUUGUACAGAACAAGAAUUUGAAACCAUGUAUAUUUUGCAUUUCACUGUUAAGUUAAAACUGAUUCGUUAAUCAAAAUGUAAAGUUUAAAGAUUGUUACUAGCCUAUAAAAUUGUGGAUUGAACAAAGUUAAGAUAUCAAUAAAGCAUAGGUGAUUUCA